UUCCCCUCACACGCUCAAUGGCGUUGAAAUUCUUUAACAAAAUCAUGCGCCUUUGAUGCCUUUAUGCCAUGCAAUUCCAAUUGGCACCCCUUAUAUAUUAAGAAUAAGAAGCCUACCAGAAAAACAAAAACCAACUCAAACAAAUAUUCCACGUCUUCCCUUUUGGCCUCAAAGAAUUGAAAGACGGGUAGAGAGAAUUCACAACUUGUGUUGAAAGAAAGAAAGAAAAGACAAUUAUUCUAGUCCUGACAGCCCUGGAAAUUGAAAUUUCUUUCCGGGUAGGAGAAUUAACAAAUUGAAAAGCAAAAAUAUUAGAGACAUGGGGCGUAUUCCAUGCUGUGAGAAGGACAACGUGAAAAGAGGACAGUGGACACCUGAGGAAGAUCACAAACUCUCCUCCUACAUUGCUCAACAUGGCACUCGCAACUGGCGUCUAAUUCCCAAGAAUGCUGGUCUCCAGAGAUGUGGGAAGAGCUGCAGGCUAAGGUGGACUAAUUACCUUCGUCCUGAUCUCAAACAUGGCCAAUUCUCGGAUUCAGAAGAACAAACCAUUGUGAAGCUUCAUUCAGUUUUCGGUAACAGAUGGUCACUGAUAGCAGCCCAGCUGCCAGGACGCACUGACAAUGAUGUCAAAAACCAUUGGAACACCAAGCUAAAAAAGAAACUGUCAGGUAUGGGUAUAGACCCUGUAACCCACAAGCCAUUUUCCCAUCUAAUGGCCGAAAUUGCUACCACAUUGGCACCUCCACAGGCAGCUCACUUGGCUGAAGCAGCCCUUGGCUGUUUCAAAGAUGAGGUGCUCCACCUUCUUACCAAGAAGCCAAUUAACUUCCAUGGCCAGCAUUCCGCUGCAGCACUGGGGAAUAACUUCACUGAUUACAUUAAUUGUAAGCCAGAUGAAAAGGACGCAACUGUUGAGAAGAUCAAGUUUGACCUAUCCAAGGCCAUGCAACAAGAAUCUGAAAUGAUGCCCUCAAAUAAACAUUGGGACUCCACUGCAAAUACAUCUGCAAGUUUUGUGAUGCCAUAUAGUGUUUUCCCAACAAUAUCUGGUUAUCAAUUCUCCCCGUCAUCUUUCGGCAAUAAAGGGGGUGCAUCUCCAUGGAGCCAAAGUGUAUGCACUGGGAGCACAUGCACAGUCAUGGAUCGGCAGAGCCAAUUGCAUGAAAAACUUGAAGAGGAAAAUGAUGAUGAUUCUGAGGCCACGAAGGAAAUUCGAAAUCUAUCCAAUAUAUUCAACUCAGAUUGUGUCGUGUGGGAUCUACCCGCUGAUGAUUUAAUUAACCCCAUGGUUUAA